AUGACAUCCACACGUCUCCGUCAAACCUUCCGCUACCCUGCGGACGACUCUGAUGAUCCUGUCGAAGGCCUUGAUGAACAAGAUCAAGAAACCCUAAUAUCUACCCUCUCCACCUAUGACACGCGUACUACAACCCUCUACACCCGCAUCCUUCUCGCGCUCCCGCUCUCCCCAAUCCUUCUUUACAUCCCACGGCUAUUUAGUCUCGAAACUUGCAUGUCUAGCCUAGCUUCCGUACUAUGUCUUCUAGCGACAGCAUACAUCCUCUAUUUCCUCCCCUUACCUCCCGUCUCCGCAGCCGCGAAUCCCGAUCCUACGCUCGCACCAUCCAGCUCCACCCUCGGAAAAGGCAAAUCCAUAUCCCGCAACUCCGCAGGCCACAAAGCCUUCCUCGACUUGACCGAGCCGUCGGACCUCCCUUAUCUAUCUGCAGAUCAAGCAGCCCUGGUGCGUAAAUUCCUCAUCCCAGUCACCGGCGCAACUUGCUUGUUGCUCGCAGUAUAUGAGAUGUGCCAUGGUAGGACCUGGAGUGACGGGAUGACGAUAGGAGGGGGAUAUGUGCCGGGUUUUAUAUUGAGUGUCGUUUUGUGGGCAAGGAGAGAGUUGAGAGAGCUUGAUUUGGGGGAGUUGGAGAGGCUGAGGUACAGGUAUAAAGGCGCUUGA